AACUCCCCACAGCGCAGUUGAAGUGUCUAGCUAACCUAGAGAAUCGUUUUCAUCAAGCAUUCGAAGAACUGAAAUAUGUUGCUGACAAGAAUAUUUCUGAUGUCCUUAACGCUGGCUGCAGUAAACUGUCGGCCAAAUUUCCCCUACAAUCAGAGUGUUCCUUACACUAACUUGCAAUCCGACCCAGACAAUUUUAACCCCCUGGAUUUCUUCAUGUCAUAUGAUGAAACCAAUCAAUGGUUGGCAGCUCUAGAGGCGAAAUAUCCAGACAAGUGCAAGGUUGAACCGAUUGGUCGAUCGUACGAAGGGCGUGACAUCAACGCCAUCUACAUCAACAAGCAACAAAACAAGAAGGUUUUUGUAGUAGCCAACAUGCAUGCCCGUGAAUGGGCUGCCAUGACAUCGGCCAUCUACAUCAUUCGCGAACUCCUCCGUAAUUCCAACAGCUACCCAGAAGCGUCUAAGUAUCAGUGGAUCGUUGUGCCCAUGGCGAAUCCAGACGGUUACGAGUAUACCAAAGCUGGUGAUCGUUUCUGGCGCAAGAAUCGUGCCCCACAGCAAGACAACGCCCUCGGGGUUGACCUAAACCGUAACUUUGGUUACAAGUGGGAGUUGUACCUGAAUGAAGAAGAAGACAUUCCGAAGGAAGAAACGUACCGCGGUCCAUCCGCAUUUUCUGAGCCAGAAAGUCGCGCAAUAGGUGAUUUUCUGCAGCAAUAUGCUAAGUCCAUCGUACUGUUCGUAGAUCUACAUACAUACGGAGAGUACAUCUUAAUUCCCUUGGGUUAUACGACAGAGCCUGCACCAAACGCUGAUUUUCUCAUGUCCGUAGCACAGGCCGGAUCCGCGGCCGUAUUAUCUCAAACGAAUCAAUUUUAUCUAGUUGGUACUCCACCGCAGCUAUUGUACGCGGUGUCCGGAUCAAGCUUAGAUUACUGUUAUUCUGUUGGCGUCAAAGCGUGUAUUGCUAUCGAACUGACGGGUGAUGGGUUUGAAAUUGAGCCAAGUAAUAUCAAUCCACACGGCCAAGAAGCACUCGCCGCAGUGCAAGCAAUGGCAGUCAAAGCGGAUGAAGGAUAAAAGCCCCAAUUUGACAUGUAUGGUUUAUUCGGUAUGAAUUUCUGAGUUUUUUCAAUUUAAAAUUUUCAUAAAUGAUUAUAUAAAUGAUAAUUUAAAAACCCAACGAUUUUUUCCCUAUUAGUUUUAAUAUUUCAUGAAAUGCAAGUUAAAUUGCAUGGAACAUAAGAACAAUUGUUGUGUAUUAUUAACUUGUUUACAUUACUGACUGAUAUUGCCUUUCCUGUCUCGUAGUACAGCUGUCAAAUCGUAACAACAUGCCUCGAAUGGACCGAAUGAUCCGAUGAUCCGAGAAUGAUCCAAAUGCAAAUAAGUAUCCGGAAACGAUAUAUGGUACAACGAUACAGAAACUGACGUAUGUUCAACUGAACUAUUAUUACAAAAACAAACAUAAAUAGCUGACAGAAUAGCUACAUUUUUCUCAUAACAGCUAGGCUACGUUGUUUGAGAUGAAUAAUAAUGUAUAUCACGCUUAAGGGAUGUUUA